AUGCAGGUGAAGGAGGAGCUGACAUACCGUCCAGUUACGCGCUGCGCGCAAGCAACUGCGGCAGCUGGCGGCAACAUCGCCUCCACGCGACUUGCUUUUCUGGUGGAGCCACAUUCAGUCUUCUUCAUCUACACUAGGCGACUGCCCCCUUUGGUCAAGGCCGCCGUCUACACGACCGCUCUCGGCUUGCAGCCAUCAGCUGACACAGCUUUAUUCACCACUCCGCCUGCCCCCAAUUGUCCUUCCCUUUCUUCUUUCCCACUGCUGCCCGACGCAAGCUUGGCCAUGACGUUGAUGGAGGAGGAGGUGGCCGUGGCGGCUCGUGUCGUCGACGAGGUUUUCCUCGCCGACAAGGACAUGCAUCUGCGCAACAAUUUCCGCGACGAGCUGGAAGAUCAUCUCCUGGCUCACGUGGCUGGUCACUGCUAUAACAAUCCCGUUCGUGGUAGUGGCUAUCGCUGCUUGCGCGCACACAGCGGCAAACAAGAUGCCAUUGUACGUCAAGCUGCCCAAGCAGCUGGUGCACUCUCCCUGUUGGACGCCCUGCCCAUGGACUGGACGAUGUGGGUCGACCCCGGCUGCGUCGCAUACCGCGUGGCAGACGGCAUGGUUCAGGAGUUUGAGGUCGUCGACACUCAAUUCCAAAUUGAGCCCACCGCGAACCUGGGGUUUGCGGAGCCCAUUAGCUCAAGCAGCCUCAGCCCCGUUCUCUCAGAGGCCACCUCGCCAAUCCAAUCGCGUCAUACCUACUCUCCGCCCGCUCACAUGGGUGGCUCGGGCCCCAUCAUUGACACAGCGGCUGCCACCAAGGCCGCCGCUGCCGCCGCCAACGCUGCCCUAGCCAAUGCCGCCUUGGCCAAUGCCGCCUUGGCCAAUGCCGCCCGCCUCAAGCCACCCAAGUCUCUCAAGGUCAACGGUCGAUCGCGACGUCGCUCCAAACGCCAAGCCCAGAGUUACAACAACUCUGCCGCCAAUACCGGUGCCACACAGGGUUACCAGGGUGGCUGGGCCCCUUACGACUCAAGCUAUGAUGGACCCAUGGAUCCUGCCACCGCUGCCGCCCUGGCUGCCCAUUCCUUCAUGCAGGCAGCCUGUUAG